CGGAGCUGCUUUGUCUUUACAGUAUGGGCCAAGCCGCUGUCCGGACUUGUGGAAGACGCAAGUCAUAUGUUACAGAGCUGUAUGAAUGGUUCAGAAAGUUUGUUAUCGAGUGUCCAAGUGGGCUAAUCGCUCUUCACGAGUUUCAAAGGCAUUUCUGUGAUGGAACUGUGGGCAGUGAGUCAGCAGAGUAUGCAGAACAGAUUUUCCGCACGCUCGACAGCAAUGGGGAUGGGGUGGUUGACUUCAGAGAGUAUGUCAUGGCCAUCAGCAUGCUUAUUGAAGGUUCAGCUGUUGAGAAACUGCGCUGGUCAUUCAAGCUCUAUGACAAAGACCGAGACGGAGCCAUCACAAAGGAGGAAAUGCUGGAGAUCAUGCAGGCUGUUUAUAAGAUGAACGUGGCUGCUGGUUUAACCAAACCGAACCCACUUACAGCUGAAGAAUGCACCAGCAGGAUAUUUGUGAGAUUAGAUAAAGACAAUAACGCAAUCAUCAGUCUGGAAGAGUUCAUAGAGGGAGCGCUGGAUGACAAUUGGAUCAGAGAGAUGCUGGAAUGUGACCCGAGCACCGUGAAGGUGGGGAGGCCACUGAAGAGGGACACCGCUUUGGAAAACCCACGGUUAAUUUGAAGUGGUUCACUAUUUAGGCACACUGGACCAGCC